AAAAAACUUGGUAUACAGCAGUACUGCGACCUAUUACCCUCUACAACUAGGACAAAACGUUAGCUGGAGACUUGAGCAGAUAUGGACGACGAGAUGAAGUACUUUUCGACCCGGGGCGGUGACGAACGGUUGACGUUCGAGGAGGCCGUACUCACUGGUCUAGCUCCCAACGGCGGUCUUUACAUUCCCGAUCGUAUCCCCGCUCUCCCCUCCAACUGGGCCGAAUCCUGGAAAGACCUCUCCUUCUCCGAACUCUCUUUCCGCAUCCUCAGCCUGUUCAUCCCUACCUCUUCCAUCCCUUCGGAAGACCUCGCCGAGAUCAUCCUCCGAAGCUACUCGACGUUUAGGCACGAACAGACCACCCCCCUGAAACAGGUCGACGAGGACGAAUAUGUUUUAGAAUUGUUCCAUGGACCGACGUUUGCGUUCAAGGACGUCGCUUUGCAGUUCUUGGGCAACGUGUUCGAAUACUGUCUGAAGAGGAAGAAUGCGAACUUGAAGGAGGGAGAGGCGAGGCACAAGUUGACCGUCGUUGGUGCUACUUCAGGAGAUACCGGAAGUGCUGCCAUCUACGGUCUACGAGGAAAGCAGGACGUCUCCAUCUACAUUCUCUACCCUUACGGACGGGUCUCGCCCAUCCAGGAACAACAGAUGGCGACUGUGCCGGAUGAGAACGUGCACUGCGUCGCUGUUGAUGGGACGUUUGACGAUUGUCAGGACACGGUCAAGACGCUCUUCUCCGAUGUAGAAUUCAACGCCACACACCGUCUCGGAGCUAUCAACUCGAUCAACUGGGCCCGUAUUCUCGCCCAGAUCGUCUACUACUUCCACGCCUACCUCCAUCUCCCGGCUCAUGUCCGUGAAAACCCGGUACCCAACGUUCAAUUUGUCGUCCCUACUGGGAACUUUGGAGAUAUCCUCGCUGGGUUUUAUGCGAAACGGCUGGGUCUGCCAAUGAAGGAAUUGGUCGUUGCUACCAACGAGAAUGAUAUCCUACAGAGGUUCUGGAAGACGGGGAGAUACGAAAAGCAGGACUCGUCAGCACCGAGCACUACCGAGUCGGCCGAGACCGAGGUCGUUCAAGGUUCAUCAGAUGGUUCUCAAGCUCAAUCCACGGGAGGUGUCAAGGAGACCAUGUCCCCUGCCAUGGACAUUCUCGUCUCGUCCAACUUUGAACGUCUCUUGUUCUACCUCGCUUACGACACUCAAGCCGUUCCCCGAUCCAACGUUGCCGAUUCGGCUUCGGUCGAACAGCCCAAAGCCGAGGUGGCUGGUGCAGGGAACGCCGCGAGUCAGGAAGACCGGGUCCGUAGAGCACAGGCGGCGGUCAAGGGGUGGAUGGACGAAUUGAAGCGGGAAGGAUCCGUUGACCUGGGAAGCGUAUUGCAACGAGCCAAGGAGGACUUCAAGGCGGAGAGAGUCUCGGACAAGCAGACGGCGGAGCAGAUCAAGAGGUAUUAUUCGAGAGAGUCUAGGUUUGGGCCCUAUGUCGUCGACCCCCAUACGGCUGUCGGGUUGGAAGCCACUCAGCGCGUGGCGAAGACUGCGGCACCUGGGACCACCUUUGUGACCCUCUCAACGGCCCAUCCCGCCAAAUUCGAUGCCGCUGUCAAGGGAGCUCUUCCUACCUCCGAGUUCCCAGAGUUCGACUUUGACGGCAAGGUCCUCCCUGACGUUCUCAGAGACCUCGCCGGGCUGGAGAAACGGGUCACCAGGGUCAAGGGUGAACAGGGAGUGAGGGAGCUCAUUGAAAAGGUCGCCAAGGAGACCAAGGAUGGAGAGGCAAAGCCGACCGAGGAGGAAGGCAAGGGCAGCAUGUAGACGUGUGGACUUAUUGACCGCCUGUGCUGUUUCAGAUAUCGAUCAGAAUUGAUCUGUGUACUAUAUGCAUAAGAUACGGGUGAAA